GCGUACGCUGGUAGAACUACAAAAUCACUUGAAAAAAUCGUGCAAACGAGACGAUGAUAAAUGGGUAGGGGCUCUAUAAAGAUUAGUUAUAAACGUGUAUUGAGUCCUCUGUGGUAAAGGCAAAAACAACUAACGUGAUAUUGAUAGAGAACUCGAUUCCUAAUUAAUGAAAAACAAAUAGUUUGAUUAGGAAAAGGAAAAAUGUUGCUCGGAAUGCAGUUGCAGCAGUGAUACUGAUAAGAAAGUUAAGAAAGAAGGCUAAUUUCAUGUAGUACAAAGUACAUACAUGUAGAACUGUUCAAAAGUAUCAAAAUUUAUGGGCUUAUUAGUAUAGAUUAGGCCGUAAUAAAAUGUUUUUUACUGUUGUUGGUGUAGGUUUUUGCAUUUAUACCGUCGUAUACACACUUUUAACAUUGUUUUGUGACUGUGAUCUACAACUAUUAUUUUAUGAAAAGUUUGGAAAAUCUCCAAGAAGAUUAAAGGGGAAGGUUGUUUUCAUAACUGGAGCUUCCAGUGGUAUAGGAGAAUAUGCAGCCUAUGCGUUAGCUAAAUAUGGUGUAAAAUUAGUUCUUGCUGCAAGACGAAAUGAUGAAUUACAAAGAGUUAAAAGACGCUGUAUUGAGAUUUCUAAAGGUCAACUCGACGAUAAAGAUGUGCUUGUAGUUCCAAUGGACAUGACCGAUUUUGUGUCACACAAAAAACAUUUUCAGCAUGCUGUAGGGCAUUUCGGGCAUGUUGAUAUUUUAAUAAAUAAUGCUGGAAGAUCACAGAGAGCAAUGUGGGAUAACAUUGAAUUAUCUGUUGACAAGCAAUUAUUCGAUUUGAAUGUUUUUGGAGUUGUUAACUUAAGUAGAGUUGCCUUAGAGCACUUUAACAAAAAGGGAAGUGGUCACAUCGCUGUAGUUUCGAGUUUGGCUGGAAUAAUGGGGGUACCUUAUUCAGGUAGUUAUACUGGUUCGAAACAUGCAAUUCAAGGUUAUUUUAAAGCUCUUGAUAUUGAAAAAACAAGAACCAACAUCCAUGUGACAACAUUAUGUCCAGGACCAACAUUUACGAAUUUCUUAGGUGAAAGUUUUACGGAAAAAGAAGGAGAGAAAUACAAUAUCGAUGUUCAACCUACAGAUAAACGAAUGACUGCAGAACGUUGUGGAGAUUUAAUUGCAGUAGCUUUAGUUAACAAAACGAGGGAAUCGUGGAUGGCAGUGUCGCCAAUUAUAUUUUUUACUUAUGUAUCAGUGUAUUGCCCCGUAAUCUCCUCCAUGGGUCUUAAAGUUCUAGGACCUGAAUUCCUUUUUAAACUACGAGACUCUAAAAAAGUUGAUGAGAUGAAAAGGAAAGAAUGAUAUAUCAUUGGCUAUGGUGAUGGUUGCCUUGGGUUUGCUGGUGUAGUUUCCUUACGAUUAUCAACUAUUUUAUAUGGACUUGGUUUUUCUCUUCAUUUCUAACGUAGUAUUCAUGCGUACCAUACACCUUAUUUUAUUUUCAUUUCUUUGCUUUUUAAUAAUGCUUGUUUAUCUAAUUCUACUCAUUCUUCUACAAUCUAACAUAAAAUAUCUUCAUGUAUUAGUUUAGAUCAAGGUUUAGAUCUUUCACUAACUGAUAAAUGGUUGCCUAACA